AUGUUGACCAAACUCGCAGUCCUUCUUGCUAGUUUCGCGCUAUCUAACGCUGUGCCCAUACAAAUAUUUUCUAAUGGGGUCGCUGUAUCCAGCGGCGGUGUACCGCUGAAACAGCCCAUUGGACCGACAAUCAAUGGUAUUUAUCAGCCAGUCAACCGUCCCGUCAACCAACCCAUAAACAGACCAAUUACACCUAUCGUCACACCUAUCAGACCAGCUAUCAAUUCCAUAUUUCGUACGCCAAGCAUUGCUUUUGGGUUCGGAAGCGGUUUCAGCAGCGACAUCGCCGGAAUCAAACACUCCACCAGUAUCGGCUCUUCAUUCUCGACUGGCGAUGCUCAAGCUUACGGCUCCGGAAUCGGGAGUACUGGGAACACAUACGCUUCAGGAAUAGGUGUAGCUAAUGCAGCCCCUUCCACUUCAUACCUCCCAGCUUUUACAUCAUCCCAACAACGCUACGAUAGUUAUGGGAACCCUGUACCUGAUUAUGAUAAUAACUACAUAACAAAUGACCAAGAGCAAAACACUUUAAACUACUAUCCCUCUCAAUCAAACGAGUGGCCACAGAGCUACGAAAAUUACGGACAAAACAAUGGUCAACUCCAAUCUGCAGUGUCUUCUACUCAAAAUGCUGGCAACUUCCAAUCGUCUACAUCACUGGCUCAAAACCAGCAGGGCCCAGGUUAUCAAUUGGCGAUAUCAUCAAGUCAGAACGGAGAUAAUUAUAGAUCAGCAAUCUCGAACGCUCAGUCUGGCGAUGGUUACUCCAAUUUUGGGUCUGCGAUCUCAGCAACUCAGAACAUUGGCAAUCUUAAUGCGAGCACAGCUCAGGCUAUCCAGCGGAGUGGUGGUGGUCUCCAGCAGAGCGGUGCGACAAUCAUCAGUGGACCUGGAAUACAAGCGGCCCAAUCUCAUGCGAUAAAUACUAGAUUUUACCGUCACUAA